CAACAUUCUACUUCCGCCUGACUGUUGGGUCCAGAUUCAGCCAAGAUGGCGAGCGGAGGGGUGGCUGUGGCUUCACUUUGGACCGAAGUGAACCGCUGUGGACAGAACGGGGACUACACCAGGGCUCUGAAGGCGCUCGCAAAAAUUUUGCAGGAGAACAGGGACGAUGUGACGGCCCUUCAAUGUAAAGUCGUUUGCCUCGUUCAGAAUGGGAGCUUCAAGGAGGCGCUGAAUGUCAUGAACACCCACUCCAAAGUGCUCGGGAGUGAGGUUGUAUUUGAGAAGGCAUACUGCGAGUACCGGCUGAACAGAGUGGAAAGUUCCCUGAAGACCAUUGAAAGUGCUCCUGACCAGACAGACAAGCUGAAGGAACUUUACGGUCAAGUGCUGUAUAGACUGGAGCGCUACGACGAGUGCAAGAGCGUCUACACGGAUCUGAUCAGGAACUCUCAGGAUGAGUACGAGGAGGAGAGGAAGACCAACCUCGCUGCCGUGGUGGCUGCCAUGAGCCAAUGGGAGAAGGCGCCCAUGGAGGAUCUGGGUCUUCCUGAGUCGACAUAUGAGCUCUGUUACAACACUGCCUGCGCUCUGAUUGGUCAAGGGCAGCUGACAGAGGCCUUCAAUAAACUACGGCAAGCAGAAGAACUUUGCAGAGUCUCUUUGGCAGAAGAUUCUGACGUGACCGAGGAAGACAUCGAGUCAGAGCUGGCGGUCAUCCAUUCUCAGAUGGCGUACAUCAUGCAGCUACAGGGCCGAACAGACGAGGCUUUGCAGCUCUACAACCAGGUCAUCAAGCUCAAGCCCUCUGACGUUGGGCUUCUGGCUGUGACGGCGAACAACAUCAUCACGAUCAAUAAGGACCAAAACGUGUUCGACUCCAAGAAAAAGGUGAAGCUGACAAAUGCAGAAGGAGUCGAAUACAAGCUGGCGAAGAAGCAGCUGCAGGCCAUCGAGAUCAACAAAGCGCUGCUGGCCAUGUACACUAACCAGGCCGACCAGUGCAGGAAACUGGCGUCCAGUCUUCAGUCUCAGAAUCCAGGCCACCCUCGACCGGUCCUCAUCCAGGCAGCUCAGCUGUGCAGGGAGAAGCAGCACAGCAAAGCCGUGGAGCUCCUGCAGCAAUUCUCAGAGAAAAACCCAGAGAGUGCGUCUGGCAUUAAACUAACAAUGGCACAACUGUAUCUAGUACAAGGUCACGUCACAAAAGCCUGUGAUGUCCUCAGAUCCAUUGAAGAGUUCAAGCACAAAGCAGGAAUGGUUUCAGCUCUGGUAACCAUGUACUCCCACGAAGAAGAUAUCGACAGUGCUAUCGACGUUUUCAAACAGGCUAUAGAGUAUUAUCAAGCUGAACAGCCCGGAUCUGCUGCACAUUUGGCUCUGGUGCGAGAAGCUGCAAACUUCAAACUGAAGCACGGACGGAAAAAAGAAGCCAUCAGUGAUCUGGAGCAGCUGUGGAAACAAAACACGAACGAUGUUCACACUCUGGCGCAACUGAUCUCCGCUUAUUCUCUGGUGGACACAAAUAAAGCCAAAUCUCUCAGCAAGCACCUGCCGUCUGCCGACACCAUGUCUUUCAAUGUAGACGUGGACGAGCUGGAGCACUCGCCCGGCGCCACUUACGUCAGGAAAAAAGCCGGUAAAGUGGUCGGAGAAAACCUUCCCAAGGAGCCAGGCCAAGGCGAGGUAAAAAAGAAGAGGAAGAAAAAGAAAGGCAAACUGCCAAAGAACUACGACCCCAAAGCAACGCCGGACCCUGAGAGGUGGCUACCGAUGAAGGAGCGCUCCUAUUACAGAGGCAAGAAGAAGGGGAAGAAGAAGGAGCAAAUAGGAAAAGGCACACAGGGAGCGACGGCAGGAGCUUCAGCAGAGCUGGAUGCCAGUAAAACGGCCAGUAGCCCCCCGACGUCCCCGAGACCAGGGUCCGCCUCCGGCUCAUCCACAGCCCCCAGCGGCAGCGGCGCGGUCCCACCUCGACAGCAGAAACCGUCGUCAUCCGGGGCCACGCGCAAGAAGGCACCACAGAAGAAGAAGAAGGGAGGCAAAGGAGGCUGGUAGUGACGUUUGAGAGCAACUUCUGAGCAGCGGAGACAUCUGGAGGAUUUCAUUUCAAGUUGUUACUUUUGUUUUACCCUCUUCUGGUUAUUUAUCCAGACGUGCAACCAAAAUCAAGUCUUUGUUCUCUUGCAGCUGUAUCUUAUUUUUAUGGUUCAUGAAACUAAAGUGGAUAAUUAAAGGAUACUCCGUCUGAAAACUGCUUUUUAUUGUUUGGAAACAGUGUUUAUGAUUUUUAUUUAGCUCAGUAUAAGAAUAUUACAAACACAGCUGAACUCUAUACUUGACUGUGCGAUGGACGGUGUUAUUUUUCUAACCCUGUAUGAGAGUUGUACUGUAUUUUACAGCUUCAGAAAAAUUCAAAAUGGACCUUAACUAUGACUCUAUGCUUAAAUUAAAUCCUUGAAAUCAU